GCAGCCAGCUUUUCCGGUCACAGCCAGUCUUUCCCAUUUUUGUACGUUCACCACACAUCUUUCUCCCCUCGAGAUAAUCCACAACUUUUGUUUAAUCACGAUGGCUCGUCAACUAAUCUCCUGCUUUUUGGUCGCCAUGGUAAUUGCGUUUGUGACGUCAGAGCCUAUUUAUCCAGCAGUGGCACUGGAAAAUAUGGACCACACUGAUGCCUGUCUAUUUGCAUGCAACAUAUGUUUCGACUCUCAGCCCCCAAAAAUGAUGCAGUGUGUAGAGAAGGUGUGCUUGACCACAAAAGCCAACAGAGAAAAGGGUUACUUCUGGCUGGGAAAAUCCUGCGUGAAACACCCAAAAGUCAGUGAAUACGUGUUCAACACGCUCAAUGACAUAUACGCAUAAAGGCGUGUCAUCAGCCUGAAGCCGUCCUCUCGGAUCCUCCCUUUGCUACCCGAUCACGUGAUCAUACAAUCUGCACGUGUCUCCAAGGAGGGCAGCCAAAGAUCGAGUUUACAUGACAGUUUCUAUAUUAUCCCAUGUCUGAAUGACGAGUGCCAUUUUGCAUCAUGAAUGUGUUGAAUAAAAGGCCACCCCGCAACGCUCAUUUCUGUAUUGCUGUCAUGCAGUAUAAAGUGAAUUUGUGUUCCAAUUCAUUGUUCUCAGAGAUAAACCUAUCUGAGACAACACUCUCAGAUUUUUAAAGCCAAUUCACUAUUUGAAAAGUGUUAUUUUUCAAUAUGAAAUCCAAAGCAUGACUAUAGGCAUAUAGAUCGAUCAAGGUGAUAUUGUUCUGGUUAUAGGCCUGCAUGAGGCCGGAAAUGGUAAAUGUGAAUGUAAGCAACCCACAUCUGCGCAUGCGAAUCAGAUGACAUUAGAGAGCAAUCUGAUCCACAGUAACAUAAUUCUGUUACUAAAUGGACAUUUUUGUUCACACAAACACAUUAAUGAACUCGGUUAAUUUAUUUCAGACAAAUUUUUAGUUUGUAACAAUGUCGUGUUAAGAUAAAAAUAUUUAUAACAAUAAAUGUGUU